AUUAUAAAAUCUGAUAUUCGUGAUUUAAGAGAAGGAUUGGAUUUAUUAAAACAACAAUCUCGAAUAUCUAACCUUAUCCUAGACCUAAAAAUGCAAGAAUUAAAAUUGGAAAAUUUAAUUUUACGCCAAAAAAUAUGGCAUUUUAAAAAAGAAAUUGAGAUGCAACAAAGGAUCGAGCUUGAGGAAGAGACUUGCAGCGAACUGAAACAAGUUUUCGCUAGUUUACAGCAACAAGUUGACUUUAAGAGAGAUAAGUUGAAGAGAAUUAAUAAUAAAUUGCAAUCAAUCAGACAGGAAAUUAAAGAUAAUCACGAGGUGUAUCUUAAGGAUAGACAGGAAAUUGAGAAUGCCAACGACGAAGCCACAGUAAAUCUGAGACAGGCUUUUCUGAUCAUCGACAAUUUCGUACCCUCUGAAGAAAGGAGCAGGAUUAUUAGUUUGGCUCAGUUUGAUGAAAAUUUGGACAAUUGGAUCAUUAAGAAAGAAAUCGAGAAGAUAUUACCUUCAGAGAGACCAAGGGCACACAAUUACAGACGUCCUAUAUCAGACUAUGCCAUACAACAGGGCCAACUCAAUCCAAAAUAUAGAGGUGAGAACGUCUUGGACUUAAAACUGGACAUGCCCUUGAGAACGACGCAGGACUACGUCCCUCCCGCCAUCUGCCCUCAGAUUAAAGCUCUAGUCAAUGACGUCAUAAAGAAAGAGAUGGACAACUGCCACGUCACUAUCAAG